AUGGCGGCAGCCACUGAUUUCUAUCUUUUAGCCUUAAUCAAAGGAGAUAUUGAUGAAGAAGAAUAUCUUUUGUUAAUUGAAGAAAAUGAUAAUACUUAUAUGAAGCUGAGCAAUUUUCCAUAUGAAGAAUAUGACCCUUUUGACUGGGAUGCACUAGAUGAAUUAGUGUGCAAAACAGAGUUCAGAUUCGAAAAGAACGAUAUUCCCCUCCUUCAACAUGCAUUACAAAUACCUGCUGUUAUUUCAAUCAAAAGAUGUAAGACGUGUCAUGGCCUAGAGGCUCUCUGUAUUCUCCUGAAAAGAUUUGCUUAUCCGGUGAGGUAUUGUGACAUGGUGUCGCUUUUUGGAAGAUCUGUUCCAGAAGUGUGCAGAAUUGUGCAUUAUAUGGUCAACAUCAUCUAUGAAAAACAUCAUUUUCGGCUCACUUCGUGGAACCAGCCUUUCCUUUCCCCAGAAAACCUUCAGUUAUAUGCCAGUCAUAUACACAAUAAAGGAGCACCCCUCAGUAAUUGCUUUGGGUUUAUUGAUGGGACCGUAAGGCCAAUUUGUAGACCAGAAAAAGACCAAAGGCACGUCUACAAUGGUCACAAGCGACUCCAUUGUUUAAAUUAUUUCAAAGCAUUUCUCUUCCAAAUGGAGCCGUAG